AUGUUUGAAGCUCGUCUUUUACACGGUUCAAUUUUCGCAAAAGUUAUCGAAGGUCUUCGAGAGUUGGUCAAUGAAGCAACAUGGGAAUGUAGUGGCAACGGAAUUACAUUACAAGCUAUGGAUAGUUCUCACGUGGCAUUAGUUUCACUUGUCAUGCGCUCGGAAGGUUUCGAAUCAUAUCGAUGUGAUCGAAAUAUGAGUCUCGGUAUUAGUCUUGUCAGUAUGUCAAAAGUAUUGAAAACAAUGGGCAAAGAUGAUUCAUUGACAAUCCGUGUCAACGAUGAUUCGGAUUCGAUUAUCAUCGCAAUGGAAUCGCAAAAUCAAGAUAAAUUCGCUGAUUAUGAAUUGCGUUUAAUGGAUCUCGAUAGCGAACAUUUGGGUAUCCCCGAUACAGAUUAUUCGUGUACAAUUAAAAUGCCAAGCAGCGAAUUUUCACGCAUUUGUCGUGAUAUGAGUAUCAUGGGCGAUUCCGUUCUUGUUUGUACAACAAAAGAAGGUGUGAAAUUCUCCGCCAAAGGCGAUCUUGGACAAGGUAGCAUUCGUCUUGUUCAAACAACAAACAUCGAAAAAGAGGAAGAAGCAGUUAUCAUCGAAAUGAAAGAAGCUGUUGCACUUACAUUUGCUGUUCGAUAUUUGAGCAUGUUUUGCAAAGCAGCACCACUUUCACCACAAGUUGGUUUGAGCUUAUCCGAAGAUACACCAUUAAUGUGCGAAUUCAAAAUUGCUGAAAUGGGUCAUGUUCGUUUCUACUUGGCACCGAAAAUUGAAGAUGCUGAAAACUAA